AUGCACCAGCAGCAGCCUCAUGCCGAGUACUCGCACUUCACCGACGUCCAUUCCAAGCCGGCGGCAUAUGCCCAACUGCUCGCAUCGGUCGAGGCCCUGGUCGCGUCCCAACGCAACUGGGUCUGCAACCUCGCCAACGCCGCGUCCCUGCUCUGGCACAUGUACCAUUCUCUGCCUGCCUCCGUCUCCGUGCAGGCCGCCGCCGUGAACUGGGCCGGCUUCUAUGUCCUGGAUCCCGCCAACCCGACCAGGCAGCUGAUUCUGGGCCCCUUUAUGGGCAAAGUCGCCUGCCAGACCAUCACCCUGGGCAGGGGCGUGUGCGGGACUGCCGCGACAGGCGAUGAUGGGUCCGGCAAGAGCGUGGUGGUGACGGAUGUUGAGGCGUUCCCCGGCCAUAUUGCCUGCGACGGCGACACGAAGAGCGAGAUUGUCGUCCCCAUUCGCUCUGGUGGAAAAGUCGUCGGCGUGAUCGACGUUGACUGUGCUCAACUCGACGGCUUCGAUGAACAAGACCGAGAAGGUCUCGAGAGAGUGGCAGCGUUGCUGGGAUCAUCUUGCGACUGGUAA